GAGGCAGCCUGCCGCCGACAGCGUCACAGUUGCGUUACGUCACGUCACGUGCACACCGGCAGACAUGGGCGACGCGCAUGCGCCCGCUCGCUUCAAGAGGUGCGCCUCGGAGCCGAGCUUGCACGCGGACGAGAAGCGUCCGCGGUCUUGUGGCUGGCCGGCGCCGCCGCCCCCCUCCUCUCGCAGCUCAGAGGAGCUGUCUGCGGACCACGACUGCAGCCGCAGCUGCGCGUCGCACCUGGCGCCGCAGCUGCAGACAGGUGGCGCGCUACCCGCACAGGAGGACCCCCGCGACCUGCUGCAGAUGACGCUGGACCAGAUCUGCGAGCUGCAGAGGUCUCUGCAGUCGCCCCACGCCGACGCCCACGCCUCCGAUUACGAGGCUGAUGAUGACAGCGAUGGCGAGGGCACAGACAGCGGCGACGAAUGCGGGGGUGCGUGGGACAGGCAGGUGGUGCUGGCUGGCUUCGAGCUGUGCUCCAAGGAGGCGCUGAGGUUCCUGGUGGAGGAGGAGCGCCUGGGAGCAGGCCACCCCGCCGUCAGGACACUGUCGGAGCACCUGAGCGCGCGCUCCCAUCAGCUCGACUGCCGGCGCGUCCUGCUCGACUACCUGCGCCGCCGCGACACUGGCGCCGACGCCGAUGGCGCCUACCUCUCAUGA